GCUAGAGCUACCAGCGCAGGAAUUACGGAGGGCAGCACGCCACAGCAGCGGGUCAAUUUACCUUACGUGAAGAAUAUCAGCCUCAAAUCAAGAGUGGGAAUUAUCAAGAUCUUAGUAGAAGAAUAUCGCCAUGUCGUACUACUUUGCUAUUGUCGGGACAAAAGACAAUCCGCUUUUCGAGCACGAGUUUGGCACGUCGAAGCAAGGCGGCGAUGGCGUGGCGCGGUUUCGCGAAGAAGCACGACAUAUGAACCAGUUCAUCGUGCAUAGCAGUCUGGAUAUUGUCGAGGAGGUGCAGUGGGGUAAUGGACAGAUGUACCUCAAAGUCAUUGACCGAUUCUACAACAACUAUGUGUCGUGUUUCCUGACCGGCGGCAACAUCAAGUUUCUCUUACUCCAUGCCCCGACAACACCGAAAGCAAUACGCUCGUUCUUUGUCGAUGUCUACGAAAUCUGGGUCAAGACGUUGAUGAACCCGUUCUAUCACAUUGAUAUGGAAGUCCGAAGUCCAGUGUUUAGAAGCAGAGUCGUUGCCGCAGGACGAAAGUAUCUAUAA